UACACGGUCGCAAAAGUCCAGGCCUUUUCCUCCCGUUGCGUGAGAAGGACAAGUCCGUAGGCUCGAAAUGUUGCACUCUACGCUUACGCGCGGAAACGCUUGCGAGCUUUGGAGACCUCGAAGACGCAGCUAUAAGUACCGCCACUGAGCUUCAUGUAUCGGCGCACUGAGACUCCAUCCACCUUCACCUAUUCGUGCGCCCACCCUACCUUCUUUCAAUCCCUUGCAUCGCGAAUCAAGAUGGCUUCCGUAAAAUCUCACCAACUCGUCUCUUCUGGAGCCAAGUCGGACAUUCUUCAGCUCAAGAAGCGAGAUGAUGUGCCCGCUGCUCGCAGAGAGAGGAUGGGAGUGCUGAGCUCCGGCAGCGCUUCCUCGGCCCAUUUGAAGGCGCGUUCUCCAGCUGUUGACGCUCCUCAAGGCCCCAAAAUGCCCCUCGUCCAGAAAAAAGCUCACGGUGGUGAAGUUGCUCAUCUCGAGAAGCGUCAAACCCCUGGACAGGAAUUCGCAAUCACGCUCGAUAAUGUUGCAUUCUCUGGCACAUUCGGCCAGACGCGCGAGCUAGUGGCCACGCAGGUGGUCUCGAGCAGCGCAACCGAAGCAACCACUACUACUCUAGUGGCGCCUACAGCGGACUCUGCAGCAGGUCAGCUGCAGAAAUGGUGUGAAAGCUAUCCAAAUGCAGACCUGUGCCGGUCCUCGUCAAGUACAAAGCCCGCGGGACCCACAAGCAGUCCUCAGACGACUCUGCCAAGUACGAGCGGCGCUGCCCCAAGCUCGGACCCCAACGACCAGCAAGGCACCACCAAGCAUCUACCCCAAGAAAAGAGCAAGUCCAACACUGGCGCCACUGUAGGCGCAGCUAUUGGCUGUCUCCUCGGAGGCCUGCUCAUCGGCGCCCUCUUCGCAUUGUGGUUCCUUCGCCGUCGCCACAGAAAUCGUGUUGCUGCGAUCCAACGAGCACACGAGAGCGACCUGGCCAGAUACACGGACAAGGGGACUGAAGGCAUGACCGUCUUGCCGUACAAGUCGGAGCGUCCAAACAACAAGGCACUCGAGACUGCACGCCAGCGCAUCAAGACGCUCGAAGCUGAACGAAACGCGGCCAGCGCCUUUGGAGAUACGCUGGACAAGCUGAGCGAGCGCGAGCUCGUCGACAAGCUGAGCGGCGUCAAUCGACGGCUCGAACAGACGGCAAUGGCGCUCUCGAGGGCUGCUGACCACGGCAACGACGUUACCGCCUCGCGCCUUCAGAGCAGCGGCAACCUGCCAAAGAGCGUGCCGAGCUUUGCGAGAGCUGCACUCAGCUCGAUCGUCGCCAACAAGAAGACGGCAAGUCUGGACAAUGUGUUGAAGCACGUCGUCAAUGCCGUCCUCGUCGAGCAUCUUUGCCAGCCCUUGUGAGUUCAUUCGUUGAUUUGCGCUCGACUCGCCGCCACGACUGACACGUCGCUUCGUCCGCAGCUGCUUCGCGGGCAAAGCCU